AUGAGUUAAGAAUUUUAAUGUGCAAUAUGGAGAUCAUAUUCAAAAAAGUGGAAAUAAAAAAAACUCUAAAUAACGUUAACUCAGAAGAAUGAUAUUAAAUAUCUGUUGAAUGGGAAAUCUGAAAAUAUGUAAGUUAAUACUAUGAAAAAAGAGAUGUCUAAAAUUUUUCAGCAAGUCCAGAAAUUUUGAAAAAACUAGAAAAGCUCAAAUAUAUUGAAUUGUGGGGAAAUAGCAUACCGAAACUUAAAAAGGUGUAAUAGUUUACUGUUAAUUGGAAAUUACAAAAACUUGUAGAAAUAGGUGGAUACUACACUUAAGAUGGAUUAAAGUUGGGAUUAUGGAAAGAAUUAAGCUAAAAUUAUUGGACGUAUAUAAUAGUUGUUUUUAAACAUAUAGUAAAGCUUAAGUUUAUGAAAUUGGAGAAUAUUUCAAUAAUUUAAGAACAAAAAGUUGGGUAUAUAUUUAUUAUGAUGAAAUAAUGUAUAUCAAAAUAUUUAAUUAUUCAGAGGUGGUGGAUAGUAUAACAAAAAUGGUUAAAAGGAUGGCAAAUGGAGAGAAAUAGAUGAAUUUUCAAUGUAAAUAUCAAAUCAAUUAGUAGCUAAUCCUAAGUAUUUUAAGAUGGGGAAUACAAAAAUGGUAAAAAAGUAGGCAUAUGGUAUUUUUGUAUAGAGGACUGGAGAACAAGUUUACUGAAAAUAAUGUAAUAAUGAUAAUCAUAUCUUUAAAAUAUUAGUGGUGGUGGAUAAUAUAUAAAUUAAUGUGAUGAUGGUUCUAUAAAAAAUGGAAGGUGGUGUGAAUUGGGUUAGGGAUAUGUUUCAUAUUCAUAAAUCUUUCUUGAGGGUUUAUAUAAAUAGGGUAAAAAACAUGGGAGAUGGAACCUUUUAAUUGCUAAUGAAAAAAUGUAAUAUAUUUGAAUUACAAAAUAAUAAUUUACUUAGAUUUAAUGGUGGUGGAAGCUAUGAUGAAGUAAAUGGAUAAUUUGAAGUUAAGAAUGGAAGAUGGGUUGAAUAAUCAGAUAAUUAUAGUUACGACACAAUAAUAUAUGAUGGUGAAUAUUAAAAUAAUAAAAAAAUUGGUAGAUGGAAUAUUUUGUUUGAGUUAGAUAGUAGAUCAUCCGUUAAGUUAGUGUAAGUAUUUAAACUAAUUAAUUUUAGUGGAGGAGGAACAUAUAGCUUUUAAGAAGGAUUAGACUCAGUUAAAAAUGGAAAAUGGAUUGAAUUGCAUGAUAGAUUUAGAGAGUAACAACAAAUCACUUAUGUUGGCGAAUAUUAUAAUAAUAAUAAAAUUGGUAGAUGGGAUACUUUUUAAUCUGAUUAUUGGAAUACUAUUUAAAUGUAAAUUGAAUUAAAAAUAUUAAAAAAUUUAAGUGGAGGAGGGUCUUAUUGUGAGAAGGAUUUUAUUAAAAUUGGAAGAUGGAUAGAAUUGAGUGAUGAUUUUGAAAAAUCUAAAGUAACUUAUGAAGGGGAAUAUAAAAAUAAUUACAAAGAUGGUAGAUGGGAUAUUUGUUAUUAUGAUGGAUUUGAAAAGAGAUAAGAAAGGAUGUAAUUAUUCAGAAGUUAUUCAUAGUUGUGAAGGAUGGUAUAAAUAUGUAAAAUAGCUUGGUUCAAUUAAAAGUGGUAUAUGGGUGGAAAUACGUAUGAAACAACGUUUUUAAAAAUGUGCUAUUUUUUAAGGGGAAUAUCAAGAUAAUUUAAAAAUUGGUUAAUGGAAAAAAUUCAAUAGAUAUGGCCGAACAUUUUAAAUGUGGUAUUAUAAUUUAUCAUUAAUUGUCUUAGUGAGAAUUUAAAUUAUGAUUUACAAGGAAAGUAAAUAUAUCAGUCUGGAAAGUAUUUUUAUUUCUUUAUUAUUAAUAGAAAUUCUUAAGUUAUGUUUGCAGGAGAAUUUAGGAAUGGAAAAAAAGUAGGUAGAUGGGAUACUUUUUAUACAUAAUUCAUGCAUAAUCCUUUUAAAUUAAUGUAAACAUAAUAAAUUUAUUGUGUUAGAGGUGGAGGUGAAUACGAAUAGGUUAAUCAAGGUGAUUCUCUUAAGAUCGGUAAAUGGAAUGAAUUGAGUGAUGGAUUUUAUGGUUAAUCAUAAAUUAUAUAUAAUGGAGAAUAUAAAAAUGGAAAUAAAGUUGGUAGUUGGGAUAUUACAUUUAGGAAGAAAGAGAAUAAAAGUUUUUAAUACAUGUAAGGGAAUUGAGUAUUUAAUUAAGUGGGGGUGGAAAAUAUGUGUAUAUGGAAGAAGUGGGUUCAAUUAAAAUUGGAAAAUGGAGAGAAUUGAGUGAAAGAUUUUACAAUGGAUCGUAAGUGAUUUAAGUUGGUGAUUACAUCAACGGCUAAAAAAUUGGUAGAUGGAAUCUAAAUUUUAGAAAAGAUGAACAAGAUAAUUUUGAAAUAAUGUAUUCAUAAAUUUAAUUAAAUUUAGAGGAGGUGGAUUAUAUGAUAUAAAUAAAGAAUUAGGCUCAAUUAAAAUUGGAAGUUGGAUUGAACUGAGUGAUGGAUUUUAUAAAGAGGCACAAUUUACUUAUAAUGGUUCAUAUUAAAAUAACAAAAAAUUUGGUAAAUGGGAUAUUAUGUAUAGGUAGGAGGGGUAUUAAUUUGAAAAAAUGUAAGUAAUAAAUUAAGAAUUUUAGCGGUGGAGGAUCAUACUCUAUUAUAAAAGGAUUAGAUUCAGUUAAAACUGGAAAGUGGGUUGAGUUAAGUGACGGUUUUUUUAGCAAAUCUUAAGUAAUUUUUUAGGGGGAGUACAUGAACGGUGUAAAGUAUGGCAAAUGGGAUAUUUUGUUCAGGAAUAAAAUCAGUGAGCCAUUUAAUUUAAUGUAAGUACAUAAAAUACUUAAAUUUAGUGGAGGAGGUUCAUAUGAUUUUGGAGAAAAAUUAGGUUCAAUAAAGAAUGGAAGAUGGGUUGAGUAAACUGAUGAUUAUGGCUAUGGAAUAGGAUUAUCUGAAGCCUUUCAUAUUGGUGAAUAUAAAUAAGGGAAAAAAGUAGGGAGAUGGGUGGAAUUAAGAUUAUCAAAAAAUAGAGCGGGAGAUGGUUUUAAAAAAACCGUCGAAGUUAAUUAUGACAAUUGA